GAUUUAACAGACAAUAGAGCAUAUUAUAAUCUAUAAUAUAGAUCAUUAUUGUGUUUGUCAGUGUUAAAGUUUUUCUGUUUUUAAUAGAAAAAAAUUUCACUGUUGUUAAUAUUUAAACAGAAGAAAUUUUGAAAAAUUUAACAGGAAUUUUUAAAAGAUGGAUAAAAACAAGCGAUUCAAUCCAUAUGUUAGAGUCAAUGCUGAAGAAGAAAUCGUCAUUUCUGGAAUUUCCGGGCGAUUUCCUAAAUCUGAUAAUAUAAAAGAAUUUCAGGAAAAUCUUUUCAAUAAAAUGGAUCUUGGUUCGGACGAUCAUCAACGUUGGAGUGAUUAUAUCUAUGAAAUGCCUCUUCGUAUAGGAACAGUAAAGAAUAUACAAAAGUUUGACGCAGAAUUCUUCGAUAUACCGAGCUCAGAAGUUCAUGUACUUGAUCCUGGAAUCAGAAUGUUACUCGAACAUACCUACGAAGCAAUCAUUGAUGCGGGUGUAAAUCCAGCAGAAUUACAAGGAACGAACACAAGCGUCGUGACAGCAAUAAGUGCCUGUGAUACAUAUAUCGAUUUAGUAUAUGAGAAGCCUCACAUUGCUGGAUCACCCAUUCUUGGAUGCAGCAAAGCCAUGAUAGCAAACAGAAUUUCUUAUUGGCUCGGCGUUACUGGACCAUCGUAUAACAUCGAUACUGCAUGCAGUUCGAGUCAUUUCGCUAUGGUGGAGGCUUACAAGAUGAUUCGAUCUGGCGUUUGUGAAGCUGCUAUUGUCGCUAGUAGCAAUUUGUGCGUUCAUCCUUUCGUAACUCAUCAGUUCUUUUGUCUGGGAGUUCUUUCUAGAGAUGGUUACUGUAGACCUUACGAUGAACAAGGCUCCGGUUAUAUGCGGAGUGAUUCGGCUGUAGUAGUGUACCUACAAAAGGCGAAGGAUGCAAGGAGAAUCUACGCGACUUUUAUCUACGGUAAAGUCAAUUGCGAUGGCUUUAAAGAAGAAGGAAUUACUUAUCCAUUACUUGACAAGCAAAGAAUGCUAAUGGAAGAAUUUUACGAGGAAUGUGGUAUCUCGCCUCUUGAGCUAUCUUAUAUAGAAGCUCAUGCAACUGGUACUCUAGCUGGUGAUCCUGUGGAACUACAAGCCAUCGAUGAAGCUUUAUGCUCCAAAAGAGACAGCCCUCUGUUAUUGGGUUCAGUGAAGUCGAAUAUUGGACACACUGAACCCGUUAGCGGCCAUUGUCAAAUUGCAAAAGUCAUAAUAGCGAUGGAAACUGGUAUAAUCGCGCCUACUAUACAUUUCAACCAUCCACGAAAGGAUAUGACUGCUAUUAUUGAAGGAAGAAUAAAAGUAAUCACUGAACCGACAGAAUUUAACGGAGGUUAUAUCGGUAUUAAUUGCUUUGGGUUUGGCGGUGCUAAUUGCCACAUCUUGUUGAAAUCAAAUCCGAAAAUUAAAAUCAAUAAUGGAACAGAUUACAAUUUAUCUAGGCUUGUGGCUGUAUCUGGACGUACCGAGGAAGCAGUAAAAAUUUUAUUAAAUGAUAUACAGAGUCGAUCGGCAGAUGUAGAAUAUUUCUCUUUGCUUCAUCAUAUUUAUGGCAAUAAUAUACAAGAUCAUCCCUACAGAGGAUACAUGAUUGCUGGAUCAAAAUUAUCCGAUAAUGCAAUAAUUAAGAUGGGACAUAACUUAUGUACCAAAAGACCAAUUUGCUUCGUAUUUUCUGGAAUUGGAUCUCAAUGCUUUAAUAUGGGUCGCGCUUUAUUAAAAUUUCCAGUAUUCAAUAAAGCAAUCCAAAAAUGUGACAAAGUUUUGAGACCUCAGGGCAUAAUUGUUACUGAUAUUCUGACAAAUAAAGACAAACAUAUUCUCGACAACGUCGUCAAUUUAUUUGUAGGCCUUACUGGACUCCAGAUUGGAAUAGUUGAUCUUUUAACAAGUAUCGAUAUAACUCCCGAUAUUAUAAUGGGUCAUUCUAUUGGUGAGUUGAUUUGUGGAUACGCCGAUGGAUGCUUGACUGCUGAAGAAACAAUCAUGUUGGCAUAUUAUGUCGGUUUAGCAUUUUUCAACACUAAAAUAAUAGACGGAUCAAUGGCUGAAAUUAAUCUCGAUUUUGAAACUUUGAAGAAUAUAUGUCCAUCGGAUAUCGAUGUAGCAUGUUACAAUAGUUUCCAUAAUUCUAUUGUGAGUGGACCAACAAACUCUAUAAAAGCAUUCCUUGCUAAACUACAGAAUAACAACAUUUCUGCAAGAGAAAUUUCCUGCGGACGUAUACCUUUUCAUAGUCGCUACGUCGAACUCGUAAGAGCCAAACUUUUGAAGUACUUGAAUCAAGUGUUGCCGCAAAAAGCGUUUCCAAGCCCGAAGUGGCUGAAUGGUCUCUCUUGUAAAGGAUUCAGCGCAUCUUCAAUGUCAUGUUUAGCAAAAUAUUAUGCAAAUUAUCUGAUAGCCCCGGUUUUAUUUUCGAAAAUUGUGCAUUUAAUUCCAAAUGACGCAGUGACGAUUGAAAUAGGACCUCACAAUAUGCUACAAUAUGUUCUUAAUUAUUCCUUAGAGCCCACAGUGAUAAAUGUUGCGUUAUACGAAUUCUCUGAUAAACCGGAUAUGGAAAUAUUUUUAGACGGAAUUGGAAAACUUUAUAAUGCUGGACUACAGCCGCAAAUCGCAAAUUUAUAUCCGAAAGUCAAGUUUCCUGUAAGUCGUGGUACAUCCAUGAUCUCUCAUCUUGUAAGAUGGGAUCAUUCCGAAGAUUGGUAUGUAUAUCGUUAUAGCGGACAAAGAAAACUUAAUAUAAGAGAAACAGCUAUUAGUAUUCGAACUACAGAGGACGAAUUUAUGUAUAUAACUGGACAUGUCGUUAAUGGAAAAAAUUUAUUACCAGCUACAGGAUAUCUUUUGCUUAUAUGGCAGAUGGUCGGCUGGUUAAAGAAGGAACAUCACGUUGAUAUAUCAAUUGUAUUUGAAGAUGUCAGUUUUCUACGUUCUACUAUUUUAUCACCACAAAACGCAAGCAUUUUAACUCUUAUGAUUCAAAAAGGUAGUAACAAGUUCGAAAUCAUCGAAGGAGGCAAUCCUGUCGUUACUGGAACAGUCCGAAUUCCAGUUAAUAUAGAAGACGAGAAAAUAUGUGCUACAUUUAUUGAUCGAAAUGACAAUGACGAAGAGGAAAUGAACACGAAAGAUAUCUAUAAGGAAUUGAAACUUCGUGGAUAUCAGUAUACUGACGAAUUUCGUGGACUCAAAAGUGCUUCGAUCACGGGAAAGAAUGGUCAUAUUGCCUGGACUGAUAACUGGGUAACAUUUAUGGAUAACAUGUUACAGUUGAUGAUUUUAGGACAGAAUUCGAGAAGCCUCAUGGUUCCAACAAGAAUUCGCAAAGUAGUAAUCGAUCCGAAAUCUCACAUGAAAUAUAUCGAAAAACUUUCAAAAAACGAAGAAAGUCAAAUCCUUGUACAACAUUAUAAGUAUAUAGACGUCUUAAUAUCUGGAGGAAUAGAAAUAUCCGGCGUUAUGGCUACACCUAUAUCUCGUCGACAAAGAACAGUCAAUCCUGUUCUUGAAGAGUACAAGUUUGUUGGUCAUCGAGAUCUAAAUGUGAUAUCUUUUCCGGAGGUAAUAAGUAUGUCGGUGCACCUUGCUCUUGAAUGUUACAACAUGAUAAAUGUACAAAUCAUUGAAUUCAUCGAAGACAGCGAUCAAGUGAUGCCGGAGAAUUUAAAUUGUUUAUUCGUGAGUAAAGUUUUAGAUAAUAUACCGCUAAUGCAAUCUGGUAUCAAGCUGGUAGCAACACAAGAGCGAUUCAAAGACAUCACUUUGCCCGACAACGUUUCUACAGUAGAAUUUGGCAAACUAACAAAGAAAGAAAAUUCUUUGAUGACCAUAGCUUACGGAAUUCUAACAAAAAAUAAAGACGAAUUAUACGAACAAUUGUUGUCUUUCAUAAUGCCGAUGGGAUUUCUCUUGAUAUGGGAAGAAUUAGAUGCCACCUACGAUUACUCGUGUCUGGAAAAGUACGGGUUAAAAGUAAUUUUGGAGAAACGCACCAGAGAUAAGACUUUUGUAUUGUUAAGGAAAAUGCAAUAUGUUGCGAAGAUUCAGCAGAUAGUGCAUGUAAACAAUUAUGAUUUCUCAUGGGUAGAUAAGCUUAAAUCAUUUAUGAACAAAGAAAAUCAGGCUGCAAGUACGAGGAUAAUACUGGUCGCUGAAGGAGACUUCGAAAGUGGACUGAUUGGUCUUGUCAAUUGUUUGCGAAGAGAACCGGGUGGUAAAAUGAUCCAAGGUAUUUUUAUUCAAGAUAAUGAUGUGCCUACGUUUUCAUUACAAGAAUCAUUGUACACGGAUCAGCUACAGCUGGAUUUACCCAUUAAUGUUAUACGUUCCGGUAACAUUUGGGGAUCAUACAGGCAUUUUCUGUUACCACCACUAGAACCAAAACUGGUAGAGAGUGCCCACGUUACUCAGAUGACACCUGGUGAUCUGAGUAGCCUUUGUUGGGCGCAAAACAGGACAUCUUUAGUCAACGAUGAUAAUAAGGAAAAUUUAGUAAGAAUAGUUUAUGCGUCUAUCAAUUUUAAAGAUCUCAUGAUAGCCAGCGGUAGACUCAACUUCGAAUCUAUCUCAGACGUAUCAAAUAAUGAUUCUUUACUUGGAAUGGAAUUUGUUGGUUUUACUAUAAAUGGACAAAGAGUAAUGGGCAUGUGUCUAUCUGGAGGAAUUGCCAAUAUUCUCGUACCUGACAAAUUUCUCACUUGGACCAUACCUGACAACUUGACGAUGGAAGAAGCUGCGACGAUUCCUUGCGCAUAUAGCACGUGCUAUUACGCUUUAUAUCUGAGAGGUAAAAUAAAGAAGGGCGACAAAGUGUUGAUUCACUCCGGUACAGGAGGCGUCGGUCAAGCUGCGAUUCAUCUCGCGCUUUACGAAGGCUGCGAAGUGUUUACGACGGUCGGGACUGCCGAGAAACGAAACUUUAUAAGAGAAACGUUUCCCUCCAUACCCGAGGAUCAUAUUGGAAAUUCUCGAGACACGAGUUUCGAGCAAAUGAUUAUCCUGGGAACCGAAGGUCGCGGAGUGGAUAUCGUAUUGAAUUCCUUAGUCGAGGAGAAAUUGCUAGCGUCCGUUCGUUGCUUAGCAAAGGGCGGUCGUUUCCUCGAAAUCGGAAAGUUUGACAUGUUUGCCAAUAAUCCUUUAGAUUUAUCUUUAUUCUCGAGAAACAUUAGUUUCCACGGUAUUAUAUUAGAUGAAUUUUUUGCUGCAAAAUUAGCAAAAUCACCAGAGAAUAGAACAGUACUGUAUAACAAAAUAAUAGAAGGUUUGAAAAACGGUGCUAUCAAACCAUUGUGCAGAAAAGUCUUCAAACGGGAUGAAAUAGAAACUGCAUUCAGAUAUAUGGCUGCUGGAAAGCAUAUUGGCAAGAUAAUAAUAAAAGUUCACAAUGAAGAUGAAUCCUUGGAUGCGCCUAUACUUGCACAACCCCGCUAUUAUUGCUCCGAACACAAAUCUUACAUUGUUUUGGGUGGCCUAGGUGGUUUCGGUUUAGAAUUGAUUGAUUGGUUGAUUACACGUGGUGCGAGAAAUUUAGUCCUAACAUCGCGAACUGGAAUAAAGAACGGUUAUCAGCGAUCGAGAGUAAAGUUGUGGCAAUCACAAGGGGUAAACAUACAAAUCAUGACAGCUGUUGACACUUCAAAAUACGAAGAGUGUAAAUCUCUGUUGAAAUUUGCCGAAAAACAAGGUCCUGUGGAUGCUAUAUUCAAUCUCGCAGUUGUGUUGAAAGAUUGUAUAUUCAAAGAUCAGUCUCCAGAGACUUUCGAAGAAUCCUUUUUGUCAAAAGCAUGGACGACAAAAAAGAUGGACGAAUUAUCAAGAACAAUUUGUCUCCAACUUCGACAUUUUGUCGUUUUUUCUUCCGUUUCAUGCGGAAGAGGAAACGCGGGCCAAACAAAUUACGGAAUGGCUAACUCCGUAAUGGAACGAAUUUGUGAGAGAAGAAAGAAAGAGGGUCUACAUGGUUUGGCUAUACAAUGGGGCGCUAUUGGUAAUGUUGGGCUUGUCGCAGAUAUGCAAGAAAACAACAAAGAACUUGUUAUUGGAGGUACAUUGCAACAAGAAAUAUCCUCUUGUUUGAAUACAUUGGAAGUAUUCUUGCUUCAAGAUCAGUCAAUCGUAGGCAGCAUGAUUGUUGCUGAGAAAAGAAAAAAUCUUGGCCAGGCAACGAAUCCGUUUGAAGCUGUUGCAAAUAUUAUGGAAUUGAAAAAUCCACAUUUGGCGCCGCCAAACAUAUCAUUGGCCGAAUUAGGAAUGGAUUCAAUGAUGGCAGUGGAAAUCAAACAGACGUUGGAGAGAGAGUUUGAUAUUUUAUUGACAGCACAAGAUAUUCGAAGUCUCAAUUUUGCUAAACUUAAACAAAUGACAAAGACAAGCGAGCAAGAAAAAGUGCACGACGCCACUGAAGCUAAUAUAAAUGAUUUGGACGGAUUAAAAAUGUUGACUCGAAAACUUAAUGAUUCGGAUUUGAGUUCAGAUAUUUAUGGAGAAGUCGGUACAAAGAGGGAAGAUGUUGAAAGAGAAAUAUUUCUUAUACCAGGAAUUGAUGGUUGUACCGGAAUAUAUAAGCUGAUAGAAUCGAAAAUUGAAUCUUCAGCGAUGUGUUAUUUGCAAGUAUUUCAUAUUCCCGAUGUUAAUCGUUCAAUAACAAAAUCAGCAGCAUAUCUUCUGCCUUAUAUAGUAGAGAAAAUAAAAAGUCGAAAGAAGUUUCUUAUUGUGGGUUAUUCAUUUGGAUGUUUAAUUGCCAUCGAAUUGGCAAAAUUAUUGGAAGCCGAGAAUUUUUUUGCACAUUUAAUACUUAUAGACGGAGCUCCUGAUUUAAUGAAAUUUUUUGUUGACAAAGUUCUUAAUUAUCCGUCGGAGCAAGAACUACAAAAUUACAUUUUAAUUCGUUUCGUAGAAAUAUAUCUUGGAUCUAGCAAUGAAACGCUUGCAUUAGAACUGAAUAAGUGCAAUUCAUGGGAGGAAAAGUUAGAAGUGUUUUCCCACUUUUCAAAGGAUAUCACAGCAUUAACUGUUGAAAAUCGGAAUAUUUUAUGUUCAACAAUUUACAAUCAUAUAGUCGCUGUAAAAGAUUAUAAUACAUCUUCAUUGCCGCGUUUAAAAUCAUCUAUAAUACUAUUAAAACCUACACAUACGCCUUUCACUUUUUUUGAAGAGGAUUAUGGUCUACAUAAGAUUACCGAAAAUAAAGUACAAAUUCAUUAUGUGGAAGGUUCUCAUCUCACAAUGAUGGAGAAUGACAAAAUUGCAUCAUUUAUUAACGACGCGUUGUAAAUUAAUGAUUUAUAAUGAUAAUUACAAAAAUAAUUAUAUUAAUUAAUCA